CCUUUUAGUUAUAUGCAAGAUAUCUGGUAUUUAAUUUUUUUUUUUUUUAAGGGCGGUAGGAUCCAAAUACAGAUAUUUUUUUUCUGUAGACCACAGUCAAAAAAAGUGGUUUGUGAAGGUGGUGGCGUUGGCGUUUUUUUGGGUUGGUUUUUUUUUUUUGGGGGGGGGGGUGUUUUGUUUAUUUCCUUUUUCUUCCGAUUCCAAAACCCAUAUAGGUGAGGGAGGUCUAGAUGCUUCUUUUUUUUUCUGGAAUAAACAUGUUAUUUGUCAACAUGUGAAAAAGCAAGCAGUUUUUUGGUAGUCGUGUGCUUUCAAGAUCUUUGGAUCAGAUAUGCUUAUUUUCAACUUUUAAAGCAACAACUAUCCUUUAAUUUGUUGUGUUCUUCGAGACUAGAUGAAUAUAUUUGUUUUAACCCUUGCUUCUCGAGACUAUGUGCAGUGCUCAACGUUUUGUUUUUUUUUAACACAUCUAACAUGUCUAACCUUCUAGCAACUCUUGUGACUUCCUCCAUUCUUCUAAUUUUAUAUAGUUUGAUUUAAUUUUGUGGUUGGAGUAAAUUCAUGUAUUUCAUAAACGUUAACAUUUUGAAGCCAACUGGUCGUUUUUGACACCAUAUAAUCACAUUAGUUUUCCUGGGAUACUCCAUUGUUGUUGCCAAACUCAGUUGUACUGUUUCCUGUUAUCCGUUACUGGUUGACUGAGUAGAACCCCUUUCCAAAAACAAAUGGAAAUACUUCCCAGACGUUAGCUACUGUAAAGAACAUGUUGUAAAUAUGCAUGUAAAUAAUUCUGUUAAUAUUUCACUGUUAUUUGUUUGGUUAAAUAACUUGUGCAUCUGCUAAUAGAGUGAGCACUGACUGUUUUCUGGAUGUUUAUUUAACAUACUUAUUUAGGUUGGAGUUUUGGAAAAUAAAAUUUAAAUAGCUUUGUUUUCUUUGGUAUAACUUUACUACCUUGUGGUUUUGCUUUUAAAAAAAAAUUUUUUUUGGUCCUUCUUCUAUCUACCCUUCACUAAACACUCCUUUUUUUUCCUUUAAAGUACACAGUUGCAGAAAGUAUUACAUCUUAAUAGUCAUUGAAAAAAUAAAAUUUAUCAAAGGGUGAUACAGUAAUAACAACGAUAUUACCAUUUCAAAGUCUCUAGACUAAAAUCCAGAAACUAGAAAAGUGAAAAAUUAUAUUAUUUUCACACACACAUAUUUUUCAUACAAAACUUCUAAUCCAAAUACAGGUCUGACAUCCUGCUGACUUUACAGGCAGAUGUCUUGUGGAAAACAUAUUUACUCAAAACUUAAAGUCCCAAGGAGCAAGCAUUCAUGUGUGCAUUACAGUAAAGUAAUAGUGCCUUCAAGGGACGCUGCUUUACAUGUUUCAUUUCUGCAUCUUUUGUAGUGUGUCUCUUUUUCUGUAAAUUAGCUGUCAGACUUGAGAUGUAUAUGCUGUCAGCUCGUGGAGACAGUGUGUCUUACAUGUAGGUAAGAAAUAUGCCAAGUCAUCCUGCACAAAAAUGUUGGGAACUAGGAAUUGUAUAUAUGAAGCAAUUCGGAUCAACGUUAGCAAAAUAAGCUUCAUCCUCCACCAGAAACAUUGAAAAAAUCAUAAAAUGAAACUUUUGUUCGGAGUAGUGAAGUUUGUGGUCUCUGUGCGUGUGAAGCUUUUUAAGAGCUUUAAGCCUGUACUGCAGUGAGGAAAAAAUGGUUUUAACUCUGUCCUCCUGAGUAUGGAAGACAGGAUAAUCUCUGCCUUAAACACUUAGCAAUCUUUCCUACUUGUCUUAAAUCUCAGAGGAGUCCAACACAAAUUAGCGAUGCUGGAAUGAGAUGUGAGAGAGCAAAAGAAAGCAGCAGGUUUCGCACUGUCAUAACUGCCAUUUCCUGCUUGUUUGCCUGCUUUUAACUGCUCAUAGUUCUGUGGAUGAUGAAGAGGAUUCUUGAGAGGUUUAAGGAUUAUUUCACCCAGGUUUUAGCAUUUAUAAAUUUCAAGUGCGCCGUGUAAAAGUCUUUCUCGUCUACAGGUUUCUGGAUGGUACCCUGCAGAUAAACAACCCUUUAAAAAAAAUGUAUUUUCUUUGUGGCAUAAUGGUAGGCCAGUGAAGGCACAGAAGCAUGGAAAGCAAACCGUGGGGGAGGAAGUGAAGGGAACUUCUUUAGCGCUGGUUCUGAAAAGAAACAUUCCUUCACAUCACAUUUGAAUUCAAGCACAUGACCAAGCUUCACGCAUCAGAAAAAGAAAAUCAGACGGUCGAUGGGUUUUUGAAUGUUAGUUUUAAGUGUAAUUGUAACACUACAGAAAGAAACAAGACUGGCUCAACUACAUCAGGUCGGCAAUCUGCCUUCCCAGUCCUGUUUUCUAAGCCUCCUUGUUUUCCAGAGGUGCUCCAGCAGGGAGGCAAAGAACGUGUGGCCUGUCUUUGUGUCAGGGUGGCUGCUGAACGACGUGUUCUUAAAAGAAGCACAGUUACAGGAACAACUUCUACGAGCUCUAGAUUUCCGGAACAAGUUUUGUUCUCGCCCCUACUUACCUUCACGUGUUAUACCUCCAGAAAGAAAAAAGGUUCUUUUCAGUGAUAUCUUAGAAAUUAGAUGGCCUGACCCUGCUACAGCUGAUCUGACAAGAUGUAUAGACAAUGGCAGUGUGAAGAUCUCGUCAGUAGAUGGUUAUGCUCACCUUUACCUGUCAGAAUUGCAGCAAGAAUUUACGGUGGAGUUCUUAUGCAAAGUCAGCCAGUCAUCUGCGGCAUCCGUAGGCUCCUCUCAAAAGAACAGCAACUAUCACGCUGGAGAUCAGCAUGGAAAAUCAAGUAAAAAUUCUAUUGCAGAAAUGUCAUCAAAACAAACAAGAAUAGAGAGUGAGAAGAAUGAACAUGGUUAUUCUGAAGGUAAAUAUAGAGAACCAACCAAACCAAGGGACCAGAAAGACAGAGAUGGAGUCCCUGUGUUUUAUACAAACUGUUCUUCUGAAUACGCGUGGGUUACACAGCGUUGGUCUGUUGCCUCCUACCCAGAAGAAUGGAAGUACCCCUUGUCGUUGGCACUGAUGUGCUAUAACUUACAUACUGGUAAGACUGAAUUGAAGACAUGUGAGAAGAACAACCGUACAUCUAUAGAAGCUGAUGUUUUAAUAGACCCAGGAACACAUGAAACAGUUUCUCGUUUACCUACAGCUUUGCCACUCAGCUGCAGAGCCCCACAUUUACACAGGUGGACUUUCUGUGACUUAUUUCAGAAUCAAGAUACCGGAAACUAUUCAUGCCCUCAGCUAAUUAAAAUUGUAUGGUGCCAGGGUGUUUUUUAUAGAUUUAUCCAUGGUAGAACAAACAUCACAGAAAUUUAUCCUGGUGAUGACUCAUUUUUCAAGUCCGAGGGAGCAUUUUUGGGAAACUAUUUUGUACAUUAUGCAAUCCAAAAAGGAACAAAAAAGAGAGAAGAAAAGAUGUAUUCGGUAAAGAGCCUACCUCCUGAUGUACCGGGAAAUCCGUACUCUGUAUCCUCCAUUAUUACUCAGGCAACGAAAAUACUUCAGUACUGCUACAAGACUAAACUAUCAUUAAUUCAUAACUAUUACCUCUGCUGCUGGAAAAUGGUACCUGAGACAGAUGGACGAGAAACGUUGCCGGUUUUGCUGUAUGAAAAGGUUAUUCCCAGCAUAGGAAGACUUGUUGUGUACUCGGAUUAUAAAGUCCAUGCUGCUUUUUGGGAUGGGGUGACCUUGAAUAUGGUCUGGGAUUACAGCUCUUCCUGUAGUAAGAUCCAGGUAAAUGAAGAUGUAGGCUGGUGUAAGUUAACUACCCCUGAUGGGGUACAGCAGCUGAUACAAAUAAGUCACCCUGGAAUCUAUGAAAGGUACAUCAGAACAGCAAUAGAAUGGUGCAAAGGUUUUAAUGAAAGGAAGGAGAUUCCUGAACAUAAGGCACACCCUGUAACUGAAGAAAAUUGGUCUGCUGAUGCUGAGCUUGAAAAAAUACAGAGAUUUACCUUUUUAUUGGAUAAUAGCAAUGUUCGGGAAAGGACACCUGCUGCAAAAACCGAUCCAUCUGGCAUUGCUGUCAGAAAAACAGAAAACGGGAGACAUCCAGAAGAAAUGGGUGAAGGGUGCGUCUUGGAAGCUUUGGAAAAAACUUCUAGGGUAAUUCAGGAUAUUGAGUCUCUGCUUGCAGCUGCUGGGAAGUGAAGCUUCGCGGAUACAGCGUGCGAAGACCUGUGUCCGCUGCCCUGUCCCCGGCGUGUCCGAGGCGGCUGUGAGGUGCCAGGGGAAGGCUGACGGCAGAGGGACGCGCUGCCGUUCCGACACCGCGGCGGCCGCCCAAAGCCUUGUUAACGCUGCGGUUGCGCGUUGUGGGAUGGGCAAAAAGAACGGGUGAAAUAAUACUAAUGUCAGGGCUGAGCUGACAGUGCCGCUUGUAACUCCAGGAGUGUCUUGUUGGAACGGUUUAAUUUUAUAGGGGCUUGCCCAGCUUCAGCUGCUCAAGUGACUAGGGUGGGGAUAGGCAGUUUUAACUGUGAAAACGUGCUUUUAUUCAGAAGCUUACGCUAAGUAAAAGUUUCUCAAACGCUUUCUACUCUACUGUGUUGUGGUAAAUAAAUAGU